AUGAAGAAUAAUGUCUAGACUUUUAGAAUUUCUAGGUCAUUAUAUCAAACACCUUACUUGACACCAAGAAACCUUACAAUUUUCUAAUAAAAUUCUAUAAGAUAAUUACAAGAUUUAUUCUACGACGAAGAUAAUAAGCCAAAGUCUUUUUUAUAAUUAACACCUGAAUAAUAAAAAUAAUAUAUUGAAACUAUCUGGGAUGAUUGA